AUGGAUAGUAGCUUUAACGUAACGUCACCGUCGUAUUACGAAAUUCUCGGCGUCGCCGUUAAUUCUUCGGAGGAGGAGAUACGACGGGCUUAUCGCAGAUUGGCUAUGAGAUGGCAUCCUGAUCGGUGGACGAAAGAUCCUUCUUGUUCUGGAGAAGCUAAACGAAGAUUCCAGCUAAUUCAAGAAGCUUAUUCAGUGUUGUCGGAUCAGAGGAAAAGAAGUUUGUACGAUUUGGGACUUUAUGAUAAUGAAGAAGAUGAGGGAUACUUUGAUUUUGUUGAAGAGAUGGUUUCACUCAUGGCUCAAACAAGAAGAGAGGAGAAGAAAUAUAGCUUGGAGGAGUUGCAGACAAUGGUUAAUGACAUGUUUUAUGAGUUCCAGUCAGAGCCUAUGUUUCAGAAUCAAUCGAUGGAGAUGAAUUUCGACUUGAACCAACCGGUAGAUUGGCAUUCGCAGAUGUCUAUACCGUUUUCGAAAUUCGAGUUCUGUUCUCAGAGCGGCUACUGUAACUAG